UGUGUUCCAGUUUAGUUUCGCACUAAACUUCGGACGGUAUGGAUUUGUAAAGGAAAAGUGACCUCCCCGAAGCCAGCCAGUGAGGGAUAAUUUAUAGUUUUUCCUUGGUGUGUGCGGUGUGUGACACCCAUUUUUUCCCUGGAAAUAAGGGAAAAAUUUGGGGAUUAAAGUCGUGGAAUUGUGAAGAUUUGUGGGGGCUAGUUUUUGAAAAUUGGAAAAAGGUGAUCAGAGUGCAGUGACCAGAACCUGGAAGCUUUCCAAGUCGCGGACUUGGGUUGAGCUUUUCUUUUUCGGGAAAAGUGCUUCCUGAAUAAUUAAUUUUACAGUCAGUACCCCUAAAACCGUCGACCAGCCGGGCCUAGGGCCCUCCCGCAGCCGCACGCCAUGUCAUCCGUAAAGGUGGCGGUCCGGGUGCGACCCUUCAACUCGCGCGAGAUCGCACGCGAGUCCAGCUGCAUCAUCGAAAUGUCCGGCAACACGACCUGCAUCACAAACCCGAAGGUGCCGCCCGGUACGAGCGAUUCGGUGAAGCGGUUCAACUAUGAUUACUCGUACUGGUCACACAAUCCCCGCGAUCCCGAGUUUUCCACCCAGGAGAUGGUGUACUCGGACAUCGGCGAGGAGAUGCUGCAGCACUCGUUUGACGGGUACAACGUGUGUAUAUUCGCGUACGGCCAGACCGGCGCCGGCAAGUCCUACACCAUGAUGGGCAAACAGGAGGAAGGCCAAGAGGGCGUCAUACCGAUGAUCUGUGAGGAUCUGUUCCGCCGGAUACAGGAAACCGAGUGCGCCGACCUGAAGUACUCGGUCGAAGUUUCGUACAUGGAAAUCUACUGCGAGCGGGUACGGGAUCUGCUGAACCCGAAGAACAAGGGCAACUUGAAGGUGCGCGAACAUCCGACGAUCGGUCCGUACGUGGAGGAUUUGUCCAAAUUAGCCGUAACGUCGUACCAGGACAUUCACGACCUCAUCGACGAGGGCAACAAAGCGAGAACUGUUGCGGCCACAAAUAUGAACGAAACGAGCUCCCGUUCGCACGCUGUGUUUACAAUAUUCUUCACCCAGAGGCGCGUCGACAAGAUGACGGGGCUCGAGACGGAGAAGGUCUCCAAAAUCAGCCUGGUCGAUCUGGCCGGCUCCGAGCGGGCCGACUCGACCGGGGCCAAGGGCACACGCCUCAAGGAGGGCGCCAACAUUAACAAAAGUUUGACCACCCUUGGCAAGGUCAUUUCCGCGCUCGCUGAAGUGUCGGCCUCCAAGAGCAAAAAAUCCAAAAAGGCCGACUUCAUCCCGUACCGCGACUCGGUGCUGACCUGGCUGCUGCGCGAGAACCUCGGCGGCAACUCCAAGACGGCGAUGAUCGCCGCGAUAUCGCCGGCCGACAUCAACUACGACGAAACGCUGAGCACGCUGAGAUACGCGGACCGUGCCAAACAGAUCGUCUGCAAGGCCGUCGUCAACGAGGACGCCAACGCGAAGCUCAUCCGCGAGCUCAAGGAGGAAAUCCAGAAGCUUCGCGAACUGCUCAAAGCCGAGGGCAUCGAGGUGCAGGAAGGACCGGACGGUAAAGUGGUUUGUGAAAAGCGAGAUGCUAAUAAAGACGAAUGCGUCAAGGCUGAAAAGGGCGACGGAGUCGGAGGUGGUGGUGGCGGUAAUGGAAAUGCUGGCACCGAAACCGUCAACGGUGGCGGAGAUGCCACCGUCAACGAGGAUGAACCGGGCGAGCUGGAGAAAAAGAUCUGCUCGCCGAAUAGGCUGCGCAAGCGAACCGGGUCCAGCACGGAGAUGGCGGUUGAUCAGCUGCAGGCCAGCGAGAAGUUGAUCGCCGAGCUGAACGAAACCUGGGAGGAGAAGCUGAAGCGUACCGAGCAGAUUCGCGUUCAGCGCGAGGCCGUGUUCGCCGAAAUGGGCGUGGCCGUCAAGGAGGACGGCAUAACGGUGGGAGUGUUUUCGCCGAAAAAGUCACCGCACUUGGUGAACUUGAACGAGGACCCGACGCUGUCCGAGUGUUUGCUGUACUACAUAAAGGAUGGUCUCACCCGUCUCGGCACAUCCGAAGCGAACGUCCCCCAGGACAUUCAGCUAUCCGGCUCGCACAUCCUAAAGGAGCAUUGCGUGUUCGAAAACAAGGACGGCGUCGUUACGCUCGUUCCGCACAAGGACGCCGUCGUGUAUCUCAAUGGUCGCAAGCUCGUCGAACCAGAAGUCCUGCAGACCGGUUCGCGUGUCAUCCUGGGUCGUAAUCACGUGUUCCGCUUCACCCAUCCGGAACAGGCACGCGAGAAGCGAGAAAAACCAAAGGACAAGGACGUGGCCGAGACACCGGGCACAAAUGGGGGCGAGGUGGCCGAUUGGAACUUUGCCCAGUGCGAGCUGCUCGAGAAGCAGGGCAUUGACCUGAAGGUAGAGAUGGAGAAGCGACUGUGCGCACUGGAGGAGCAGUUCAAGCGCGAAAAGCUCGCAGCGGAUCAGGAGUUUGAGGAGCAGCGCAAGACGUACGAAGCUCGCAUCGAUGCACUGCAGAAGCAAGUUGAGGAACAGUCGAUGACCAUGUCGAUGUACAGCAGCUACAGCCCGGAAGACUUCCACCAGGAGGAGGAUAUUUUCGUGAAUCCACUGUUUGAGUCCUGCUGGACGGCACGCGAGGCUGGCCUGGCUGCAUGGGCAUUCCGCAAGUGGCGCUACCAUCAGUUUACGUCACUACGUGACGACCUGUGGGGCAAUGCAAUUUUCCUGAAGGAAGCGAAUGCCAUUUCCGUUGAGCUGAAGAAGAAGGUUCAGUUCCAGUUCACGCUGCUAACCGACACGCUGUACUCGCCGCUUCCGCCGGAACUAACGCCGUCGUCACCGUCGAUCAUGGGCGCCCUCACCAACGGCGGCCAGGAAGACGAUUUCGGGCAGGGUCCGGUCCAGCGUACAACCGUGGCCGUCGAAGUCACCGACACCAAAAAUGGUGCCACCCACUUCUGGAGUCUGGACAAACUACGACAACGUUUGGAGCUAAUGCGCGAAAUGUAUCACAACGAGGCCGAGCUGAGCCCGACCUCGCCCGACUACAACGUGGAAAGCCUGACCGGCGGUGAUCCGUUCUACGACAGGUUCCCGUGGUUCCGCAUGGUUGGAAGAUCAUUCGUGUACUUGAGCAACCUGCUGUACCCGGUCCCGUUGGUGCACAAGGUUGCCAUCGUAAACGAGCGUGGCGAUGUGCGUGGGUAUCUGCGCGUUGCCGUCCAGCCCGUGAUGGACGAGGAGAACGCCGACUUCAACAACGGCGUCAAGCAGUCCGCGCGGAUUCUGUUCGACGAGGAAACCAACGGCACGCACAAGGUUCCGAAGAUUCGCACGAUCCACGACAAGGACGAGAAGUACAUCGAGGGGGCGAACGAUAUCAUGAAGCUGGAGGAGCUGGAGCAGGAGGACGCCGACUCGGGUCGGGGCGAUUCCAGUGUGGCUUCGGAGUUGCACGACUCGAACGAGCAGGAACCGGGCGAGCACCUGCAGCCGGGCAAGGAGUUUACGUUCCGCGUUACGGUGCUGCAGGCCACCGGUAUUGCGGCCGAGUACGCCGACAUCUUCUGUCAGUUUAACUUUUUGCAUCGCCACGAGGAAGCAUUCUCAACAGAACCAGUCAAGAAUUCUGGAUCUGGAGCUCCGCUUGGAUUUUAUCAUGUACAGAAUAUCACGGUUCCGGUCACCAAGUCCUUCACCGAGUAUCUGAAGACGCAGCCGAUCGUAUUCAAGGUGUUCGGCCACUACCAGCACCACCCGCUGCACAAGGAUGCCAAGCAGGACGCGUGCCAGAUCACGCGACCGCCGCCGCGCCGGAUGCUGCCGCCGAGCAUUCCAAUUAGCCAGCCGGUGCGCAGCCCCAAGUUUGGACCGCUCCCGACGGCACCCUCGUCAACAGUAUUAGCCAAGCACGACGUGCUAGUGUGGUUCGAGAUCUGCGAGCUGGCCCCGAACGGCGAGUACGUCCCGGCGGUGGUGGACCACAGCGACGAUCUGCCCUGCCGAGGAAUGUUCCUCCUCCAUCAGGGCAUCCAGCGCCGAAUAAGGAUAACGAUCGUGCACGAGCCAACGCCCGAGGUCAAGUGGAAGGACAUCCGCGAGCUGGUCGUUGGGCGCAUCCGAAGCCAGCCCGAACCGGCCGACGAGCUGGACGACUCGGACUCGUGCGUCCUCUCGCUGGGUCUGUUCCCGGGCGAGCCGAUCGAGGUGCCCGGCGACGAUCGGUCGUUCUUCCGGUUCGAGGCCGCCUGGGACUCCAGCCUUCACAACUCGGUACUGCUCAAUCGCGUCACACAAACCGGCGAACAGAUCUACAUCACGCUCAGUGCAUAUCUGGAGCUCGAGAACUGCGCCCGGCCCGCCAUCAUCACCAAGGACCUGAGCAUGAUCAUCUACGGACGGGAUGCCCGCACCGGGCCGCGCUCGCUCAAGCAUCUGUUCUCGGGCCAGUAUCGGAACCCGGAGGCGAACCGGCUGUCGGGCGUGUACGAGCUGUCACUGCGGAGAGCUUCCGAAGCAGGUAGUCCAGGAGUACAAAGACGCCAGCGGCGCGUGCUGGACACCAGCUCGACGUACGUGCGCGGCGAGGAGAACCUGCACGGCUGGCGCCCCCGCGGCGACUCGCUCAUCUUCGACCACCAGUGGGAGCUGGAGAAGCUGACCCGGCUGGAGGAGGUCGGUCGCGUACGGCACCUGUUGAUGCUGCGCGAACGUCUCGGCAUGGACACGACGCCCAAUCCGACCACCAAGACGGAAAAGGACGUGCAGAAUCUGGCCCAGCGAGCGAGCGCCUCCCCCGUGCACAUGGUUAUUCCACCCUCCCCGCAAACACCGGUCAAGGAUCACCAGCAGUCGCCGACGAUGCCCGAGCGAGAGUUGACUCCGCGCGAAACGGAACUGGUCUGGAAGUGCGUCAAGCUCAUCCAGGGACGCAUCGGCCACAAACCGUCGGCAACGGAUUCGAACGGUUCGAACGGCCAGCUGGCGGUGUCGGCCGUUGACGCUUCGCCCGGGGACGAGGGGUGCGCGGACAUGAACGCCAGCUACAUCUCCGGCAACUCGAUCGAACUGUGCUCGCCCGACCGCGUGGACUGCCCCAACGGGUGGGAAGCUCCGGCGCCCGCACCGCAAACCCAGGAACUGUCGCUGCGGUUGUACGUGCCUGAGUUGGAGGAGAUCCGCGUCAGUCCGGUGGUGGCCCGGAAGGGCUACCUGAACGUGCUUGAGCACGGUGGGUCGGGCUGGAAGAAGCGCUGGGUCACCGUGCGGCGCCCGUACGUGUUUAUCUUCCGCUCCGAUAAGGACCCCGUUGAGCGGGCGGUGCUGAACUUGGGCACGGCGCAGGUCGAGUGCAGCGAGGACCAGGCGGCGAUGGUGAAGGUGCCGAACACGUUUAGUGUGGUCACAAAGCACCGAGGAUAUCUGCUGCAGACGCUCGGCGAUAAGGAAGUGCACGAUUGGCUGUACGCCAUCAAUCCGUUACUGGCUGGCCAGAUUAGAUCCCGCCUGGCGCGACGAAACAUCACCGCUGGCGGUACCGGCAGCAGCAGUACCAACGCUGCCGACCAGGUCGCCCCGUCUGCGCUGCUUCUGGCCCAGGCUCAGGCGGCCGCGUCGAACGGUGGCGGCACCGGUGGGUCCGCCAAAUGAGAUACGAUCACGAUGGAGUCCGUGCUGGUGUACUAAAGGGCAGGAAAGAUGCGGCGAGGAGCAGCUUGAAGGUGCUUCUUAAGAAUUAAGUUUGAACGAUUUUGGGUUUUUACGUUUUCUCAACUGUGGCUAUACCGGGAGGGAAGAGCUGCUUCGGAGAAGCAACGGAACAGUACACACGACUCCAUCGAAGAGUGGGAGAAAAUUGUGGGGGAGGUUGGGGAAUAGUAGUGAAAGUCAGACUUUACUAUAUGUGUUACAUAUGUAGAGGAGAGGAGGGCGCGCGAGCGCGCGCAGGAAGGCUUAGCAUUAUGUUUGAAACAAUGUUUCAACACGCAAACAUUGACUGCAACACACACUAAAGUAUUUUUUGAACUUUAGAGAAAAAAAAAACAUAUAAAUAUAUAUUUUUAUAUACACGUUUUAUUUAAACCAGUUGUGUAGAUAAUUCUUGAUUUUCUGUUUCGCGGGAAACAAAGCAAAAACUGGGAACAUCAAACAAAAACUGUUGGACCUUGGCAAUUCAGGGAGAACCUUUUUCCGAGCGAGAUUAUUCCACGACAAAUGAAUUGAGAGUUUUCGAAACGGGUACAAUUUCCAAACUGUGAACGACUUUUCUCCCAAGUUUAGAACAAAAUAAAACGGUGCUCAAGACCCUCCGAAGUGAAAUCGAGAAAGAAAAGGCGAUGCGAUUUUUUGUUUGUGUUCUCACUUUUGUGAGUUUCGCGUGUUUCGUUUCGGUUUGAACCCUUUCUUUACGGACUAGCUAAGAUUAAUUGCGAAAAAGAAGGGGCAGAGAAUGCAAAAAAAAGAAAACUGACGGCAAAUGUGGAAUAUAAAACAAUAAAAUUGAUAUUGAAUAAAAUAGAAGUUAAAGAACAAGGAAGCAAAUCAGCAAAAAAGAGAAGAAAAAUAUUCAACGUAUAACAAAAAAUGGCAAAACAAAACAAAAGUAUCUCUAAAACAAAAACAAACAAAUAGUCGUAUGUGUAUAUCUUUUCUCUUGAAACCAGAUCAAGCAAAAGGCAAACAAACCAAAACUAACAAAAUGCUAAUUACCAGUUUUAAGAACUACUCACGCAAAAAGAACAAACAAUACUCAACAGUGACAUAGUUGCAAACACACACACACACAAACCACACAAAACUUGCAAAAAAUACAGCAACAAACUUCAGUAUUCAGAAAACUAUUUCUCUCCAGAUAUCUCGAAACAAAAGGAAUCUAGCGAAAAAGUGGCAACGGGAAAUCGGUACAGAAUUAGAGUGUUGAUACGCAACGCAAGAAAAAGUAUCUCGUUUCCGUUUAUUAUUACUGUGUAUAAAGCAAGAGGAAAGUUGUGCGAAUUGACGAAGAAGUUCGAUGCGCCUCUCGUUGAAAGCGUUUUCUUUUUUCAAGUGCUGUAUUUUAAGGCGCCGCCGUGGAUUCCCAAGGAGUCGCUCGAAGGGCGUAAUAGGCAAUUGUAUCACGUUUAACAACCGCAAAACCACACACACAUACACGCUUCAAAGUUUAAAAACGAUUUAGAGGAGAGGAGAGUAAGGAAUACACUAUUGCUUCACAAUCGCUUUUUGCUAGCGGCAUCAGGUAAGGACGCGUUGAAUCGGAAUGUUGGAAUCUCCCGGAAAAGUGGGGUGAGAAUCUUCAAAAUUUGUAAAUAUUGAACGCUACGGUUAUUAUUUUGAACGGUGCGAUCAGGUCGCGAAUUGUUAUGGAAAUCUCUUUUGUUAGGAGGCUAAGGAAGCAAGAAUUUUGGCUUUUGUUGUUUCUCUAUUGUUUAAGUUGUUUAGAAGAUACUGAUCAUUGUAAAUAGGAGAAAAAAUAAGUAAUUGCAAGCUGUUUUUACUUCAAUUGUUGUUGAUCUCUGCCUAAAAUUAAAUCUCUAGCUAGCUUUAAAGGACAAUCAAUUUUGUCAUAGUGUGCUUUUUUAAGAUAAUCAAAAGUUUUAGGUAAAAUGACAAAUUUUGUACAAAAAAAAAAAACUGGUGCUUUCAACCUGCUAUGAUCGUUGAAAAAUAAGAACAGUUCUAUUCAAAGUGAAAAGAUGCUUCGCACUUCAACGUGUCGCGAAACAAGCUUCAGUUUGAGUUCUAGCGAUGCAAUGGAACCCUACAACAGUCUUUGUGGGUCGGUUGAGCAUUACGUAACGAUGAAUCAAACGCUAAUUUUUUAAGUCUAAAUUUUCCAACAGCCACACAGCAAUUUUAAACAAAUUUCUACAUUUACACCUUAAAUUGCGUUACGUAGCUUUUGAAUGCUCCCCAACCAACCAAGUUGGCUCUCUCUGAACCGUUUGCGCUGCGCAAAGCAAGCGUUCGAGCGCGCGAACGUGAUCGCUUCGCGUCGGUAAAGUAGACCCCGCACACGAUUGAAGUAAAAAUUGCUUCCAAUUGGAAAAAAGAGGUGAUUCGAUUUCGUUCAAGUUUUAAUUUUAGGUUCGAGAUUUUUUUACUUUUAAGUUUGUUUAAGUAGAAGCAAACGUACCAAAGAUUAGUUUAAACAAAAAAGCAAGUGCUGAGGGCUAAUAAAUGGAACACGGAUAGGCAGUAAACUCGAGUAGAGGCAAAUAGAAAACACACACAAUAACACACAAAAAAGAGUCUUGUGAAUGUGAUUUUAACUCAAAUUAUUGUUAAAAAAUUAAUUUUCUGUAAAUUUUGUUGGAAUGAAAAGGGUUAAAGUUGGUGAAUCUUGCAUAAAGUGACGCAUUUAAUGUCACUUUCUUUAUGCUAAGAUUCUGGAGUGGCAUCUUCCAGCUUUGAAAACGUUGCAAAGUGAAAAGCAAACUGCACUCUUUUCGCAGAAGAGUGAAAGCCUUUCACGUGUUUCGUUUUUCUAGGAAGGGCAUCGCGGUCAGAAUUACAUUCCAUUUUUUAUUGAAAGUUUCCUCUAAAAAACACACACACAGCUGCUCUCUAAACUAUUAUAAUUACCGAAUAAAAAACAAAAGUGUAAGAAAACAUAACUCAUUCUCUAGGUGUAUAGCAAUAGUGAAAUUUUCACCAGCAAAAAAAAAGCGAAAAAGAACCCCCUUUCACAUGUUCCUUAUGUUGGCGAGAAUGUUUGAAAAGAAACGCCUAACUUUGUUGUCCCCAAACAUAUUUGUUCCUCACUCUCUACCGGCUGCAUAAUACUACAACUCACAGUUGGAAAUAACAAUUCAAACAGAAGAAAAAAAUGUGCGUAAGCUAAUUAUUGUCACACUCUCCCCAAAAUAAGAAAGAAAAAGUGGUGAAACCCCCCGCAAAAAAAAAGUGUAAAAGUAUUUAUAAAUGGAACAAAAUGCAUAUUUAAAUUUUCUCGAGAAAGAAGCAAAACAAACAAAAAAAACGGAAAGACAUCUUAAAAGUGGUAUUUAAGGAAAAAGCAAACAAGCUGACAUGAAAAACAAAACAAAAAAAUCUAUAUUUGCAAGAUAUAAUUGAAGCAUAUAAUCCUUACAAACAAUUUAAGGCGUGCAAGCUGCUAUGAGUUAUGAGAAAAUUAAAAGCGGGAAUAGUAAACCCCAUUUAACAACAACCAUUGGAACGCAGGGCUGUUUUGACACAUUCGCGAGAAAGCUACUAAAAAAACAUUGGCGUGCAGCUGAAAAGCAUUAUAUAUAAAGCAAGAAAAAAAGGGAUGGAAAAGGAUGAAAAAGAAACUAUUAUACCAUUAUUUAUUGAACAUAAAGGUACACUAAAAUAAAACAACAAAAAAA